AUGCGAAUCGAUCCCUACUUCUUAUAUCUCAUCUGUCAAGACUAUGAUGGUUUCCAUUACUCAAAAGGGCCAAACAACCUGCUAACUGCUUUUAUUGGCACUCCAACUUACGGCCUCGUUUGGACAUCUCAAUGGCAACCGACAUCCACGUCGACCAUCGCACUCUUCCUUCCCCGACGGAGCAAUACCUUCUCUCAAUUUAAUGAUGUUCUGGAGGUCUUUAAGAAUCUGGCUCACACUCCGUGUCUUCUUGCAUAUGUAUCCAUGGUACAUACCUUGCAAUUCUUUGACGAGGAGACUAAGAUGCGAGAAUACGCCAGAAUCCGGCUCGUUGAGGAUAGCACUGGCUACGGUCCAAAUCCACCAAAGGCUGUUCGGCGUUUUAGCGUUAGCGAAUUGACAUUAUGGUCUCAGACCACGGGGGAAAUUCAGGGAAAUAUCUACAAUAAACUGCGCCACCAUAAAACAUCCAGGACACUUCUGGAUUUUGUUAGUGACGAAUGUCAGCUACUAGACAUAGAGGUGGAUGAUUGUCACCCUCAAUGCCGGGAUAAUAUGAGGCGGCUUGCAGAAACGAUCCCUGUUCUGAAGCGACAAAUGGACGCUUCUGAGGCAUAUCUGCAGUAUCUUCGAGACAGAGCAGAAAAGCUCUCCUCUGUGCUGAUCGCCUUGUUGGGUCACGAGGAUGCUGAGAUCAACCUUGAAAUCGCGGUAUCUAUGAAAAACGAUAGCGCAUCGAUGAAAACCGUUGCCAUUAUGACCAUGGCCUUUCUCCCCGCAACCUUCUUUGCUGCUCUUUUCGCUGUACCCUCCCUACAAUGGGACCAUGAUGAUGUGGUUCAGAGCAAUUUUUGGAUCUAUUGGGCGUUUACUCUCCCUACGACGGCGGUUGUGUUCUUGGUUUGGCUGGUGGUCACAAAUCAUAACCGGAUUUUCAACAGAUGGGCCAAAUGGCUUUUCCUGAAUACGAGAAGGAAAGUCUGA